GAGAGAGAGCGUUCAUCUCUCCAGACUCCCCCUCCCGUCUCUCCGCCAGCUGCUGCUGACUGGAGGUGCAGCGGUGUUUCUCUGCGUUACCGCACUAUCUGCUCCGAUCUGCUGCUGAUCUGCGUGCUGGUGCGUGUCCGCUGCGCCGUCUGCUUUGAGCCAGGAAGCUUGGGGAGUGGAGCUAUUCCGAGAGGUCCGUUACUCGGAGAGGAACGCAGCGACUUCUCUGGUGCUCUGCAUGAAGCUGCGGUUCCGUUAGGGGAGGUGGGUAGGAAGUUCCACCAGACGGUGAAAGAUGGAGUUUCCCGAUGACCUUUUAGGAAUGGCCGACCUGCAGAUCAUCAAUGACUCAUUCAAUGACUCAUUUUUCGACAACAUCAGCGUUCCCUACAACGAGACCGAUGGCCUUCUGCCAACGGGGGUGAAGGUCACCAUAGUGGUCGUCUAUAUGAUUGUCUGUGUCAUUGGCCUUGUGGGGAAUUUCCUGGUCAUGUAUGUCAUCAUAAGGUACACAAAGAUGAAAACAGCCACCAACAUUUACAUCUUUAAUCUGGCUCUGGCGGACUCGCUGUUCCUGGCCACUUUGCCUUUUCAGGGCACGGAUGUGUUCCUGGGCUUCUGGCCGUUUGGGAACGCCUUGUGUAAGACGGUGGUGUCCAUCGACUACUACAACAUGUUUACCAGCACCUUCACCCUGACGGUGAUGAGCAUGGACAGAUAUGUGGCUGUCUGUCACCCUGUCAAAGCGCUGGACAUGAGGACACCUCACAAGGCCAAAUUCGGUGUUCCUGCCAUGGUCAUGGGAAACGUGGAGGAGGAACAAGAGCACAACAGUGAGCAUGACACACUCCGAUUCACACUUGCCUCUGAUCCAGCUCAUCACCUGAGGCUGCACCUGGGAAGAGCCCUAUUUCAGUUUAUUUAUAUACAUAUAUUGUUUUAGAGGCAGCAGGAUCUCAGGAGGUAGAGCGAGUUGUCCAGGUUGCAGGUUCGAUCCUGGUUCUGCUGUUGUGUCCUUGGGCAAGACACCUAACCCACCUUGCCUUCUGGUUGUCGAAGGGACCGGCGGCGCCUGAGGGCCUCGCCUCUGUCAGUGCCCCCCAGGGCUGCUCAGCAUUAAUGAGCACACCCUCUAUAAAGAGUAUGCAUUUAUUCAGCAGCUCAGUGAACAAAAGAACCAUUCCCAGAAUUUUCCCAAGGCUGUGUUUAACACGUCUUUAGCUCCAUAACGUGAAACUGGGUUCAUAAAAUAACCACAAAAUCUUCAGUUUUCAUUCACUUGGUUUAAGCAAAAAAUGAGUACACCCCCCAAAACACAAAGCUGAUGUGUGUUCUGUCAGAUCCCACGGACACGGGCCGGACCGGGUUCUGUAGCUCACAUGUGGUCAGGAUCAGGGUUGUUUUACGGGUCUGCUGCUGAAUAAGACGCCUGAACGGGCUGUUCUGGAGACCCGUUUUCUUGCCUGAGUCUGUGUGCUCUAGAGCCACAGAGGUGAUGGAUUAAGUCAGACAGCAAAUCCCGUCCUGAGUUAUUAAUCAGCUUUUAGAGUUCAGAGCUGCAGCUCGGUGGUUUCCUCUGGGCUCUAAACAGUAAAACAGCAUUAAUGUUAUAUCAAGUAUUCUGAUUCGUUGUGUUUUUAAUCGCCUUUUCAAAUGAACUAUCUUUACGCGUCAUGUUUAAUUAUCUGGCUGUUAUUUAUUUGUUUAUUAUUUAUUUUAUGUUUAUCAUCUAGAACUAGCCUUCCCAUUCUCCUCUGACCUCUGGGACCAACCACCACAUUCAGACCCCCUUAGAGGUCCUUUCUUCUCUCCUCUGAUGCUCAGUUUGAACUCCUGAAUGUCGCCUAGAUGAACUUACACAGUCCAACUUGUUUGACUGUAAACUUUUUAAAGAGGCAGCAAGCUGAUUGGUUCCCUGAGUUUGUGAGUUUGUAAAGUUUUCGGUCACAUUGCCACUGGUCCCAGCUCUCCUGUAAUGUUUGCAGCUGUCCACCUCACACUUCUAAAUAUGGUCAUCUUCCACAAACACGGACAGAAAAAGGUGCUUGA